AUGACGGCUUCAUAUCGUUCCAUUACAGACGAUACUAAUUUGGUGAACGAUCCUUUUACCGAGAUCCCCAACAGCCAAAGUCCGGUCGAUGCAGCUCACAUUGAGCAAUUGGCGAGCAUGAGUCUCGACCAACUUGCAGACCAAUGGCACCUACAGAGUACGGCAUCCUAUACUAUUCCCGAGCAUGAUCCCAAGGAGCCUGAUCACAUGACGGACAAAAUAGUGUCUGAUCGAGCGGCUGCUGCGGUCACCGACAGCGAUAUGCAUCUUUUCACUGACGAACCAACGCAGCAGCACAACACCAAGGUCGACCCGGGAUUCACAGCCACCGACGAUGUGUGGGAAGAGAUACGACAAGAUAUGAUCACGCGAUAUCCUACCAGUGUUGCAAACACCUCCAUGAUGGAUUCGUUGCUUGAGAAAGCGAUCAAGCGUGCGGAAUCAUAUGAAAAUAAUAUGAAAAACGUCAAAGACUUGACCACCGCCAUGGAAACGCUUCAAUCAUUCAGCCGUGUGCAAGACAAGCCAUCUUUGACGAAUCGAUCAGCUACACCAUCCGUGCCGCGAUCGUCUGCACCACGAUCAUCGAAACCAGCAAGCGCACGAUCGUCCACCUCCGUGUGUCCGCAGCGCACCUUUCGAAAACGACGUGAAAUCCAGCUGCGGCCAUUUACGUUGGAAGGAGCUCAGUAUCGAUCGCUACUCCGACGCACAGCCCUGGAUGCGAUCAUGGCGGAAGAAGAGAUACCAUCACAAUCGGCUGCCAAGACGCAUGGCAAUCGAUACGAAUCGCAAGGCAUUGUGGACGAUGAGGAAGACGAGGACGAGGAAUUUGUUCUCGAAAGCGAUACUGAAAAUGCAGUGGACAACGAGCUUUCAACGCUUUCAUUAACAGAGGAAGAACUCAGCCUUGACAAGAACAAGGCGCCUGUGACUACGCAUCGUGUAACCCAAGUUUACGGUCGAAAGAAGAAACGCAAUAGUCAGCCUUCGUCUUCCUCCAAAUCCCGGCGGUCCAAAGCGCAAACUCAACAUAACCGAACGCAUGAUCCUUCCCAUCUACUGAUUCCGAAACGGAGACAACCCGUCUCCAGUGGAUCGCCUGUAGAUAUAUUUGACAUUGAUACCCCCCUCACCCACGCUUUUUCACGAAGAGAAUCUGUGAAGUUACCAGAACCACCCGUCCAACCGUCUUUGAAACCACGAAUUUUGGAUUAUCGAAAACCUCUCGAAACUCUGCUGUCGGAUGUAUUUAGCGACAACGAGGAUGAACCUAGUAUGAGCGUCGAUCAAAAUUCGAGUUCAUUAUCUGAGCAAGGAAACUCACACAGCAGUCUUGGCAGAAAUCAUCCACGAUCACAUAGUCCGGACAGCAGUGAUAAUGAUACCCCACCGUACAUCGCUGUACGCAGACAUCCGAAAAAACGACGCAUCCUGAUUGAAGACAGCGAUGACGAGAUGACAAUGUCUCCGUCAUCUCAUUCAGUACAAGAUCAAGAAUUCUCUGAUGCCGAAAAUCCUCAUCGCAAUCGUGUUACUGAAUCAUUGACGGAGAACGACAUAUUUGACCUUCCGAGCGAGAUCUCUUCUAGUGCAACUUCACGACCUGCACGCAAUCAAUUACGUCGGAAACAGCCGGUGGACGAUACCAGCUACAUUGUAGCCGAUCCCGGCUAUGACGAUGCCAAUCAUCGUCAUCGCAAUACGACGCUGGAGGAGGUUCGACAACAUAAAACGGCGCUGAGAGGCAUUCUGCCGCUUUCAUUUGCCAAAGUGUUCAAAGAUCAACUACAGGAAGAAGCUCAAUCAAAGAGAACCCGUCCGCGGAAAGUGUCGCCUUCGUCUUCUUCCUCUGUGCAAAACCAAGCUUUACGAAAACAACAUCGCAGUAUGGAUGGAGACCAAGGACAAUCAAGCCAUUAUCGAUCCUUGGCGAAUGCUGAAGAAUCGUUGAGGAGCCGACGUGUUGACUCAUCUCCGUCUUUUGGUACGGAUCGUCGCAGUUCAAGCCCCACGUCGCAUGAUGUAUUCGAUGAUGUAUUCGUUAUGGACCCCGUCGAACCGCGACAUGAAUUGGAGUCUCUCGAUAACCCGGUACCGGAAUUCGCUGAAUCCAUAGCUUUGCAACCCGUACCCGAAAAACAAUUAUCGCUCACAUUUGGCUUUGUACCUCACACUUCAACGAAAUACCCAUCGCAUUCCGCUUACUUUAAGCGAGAUCUAUCUAGCAGUCUUGGGACGGAAGCGCGGCUCAAAUCCGGAAACCCCCCCUUCGCCAUACCCACUACUCCGAUCAUCCAUGAAUCAUACAAAUGUUACCGUAUUUUUAGUCUCCACUUUCUACUGGAAGAAUGUACCCCUGAACAAUGUCCGAGCCUCCAAACAUGCUUCCGGAAAGCGUUUCAGUACUUCGACAAGUCGUGGCGUUCAAAUGCAUCGGUGCCAUCUCACUCUUUGUACGAUCAAAAUACCAUCGAGUCGCUCCAUUACAGUCAAUGCAUCGAGUUUUUCGCCUUUGUCUCCAAAUGUCUGACGUUCGUGACGCAUCGUAUGGAAAAAGACCAACAGCGGUCGAUGCUGCAAUUUUUUUGCAAGGAAAUCGUUUGUUUAUGUUCUCGGGCGGUGAUUCUGGCGAAUGUCAAAGACCCGACGCAACCGCCUCGUUUACAUUGGACUCAGGAAGGAGUGUUGGGAUACCCGUGGCGAAUGUUACUGCUACUGCUCACAUAUGCCGUGGAUUGGUGCUUUCGGAUUCAGCUAGUGGAUGCCGACCUUCUUACAUCUGAAUGGACGGUGACCAUGUGUCUGCGGCGCCUGGUAGGGUUGCUUUACUGUAUUGGUCCCGAUCAUGCCAUGGACGGGUUUUCAGAGUCCCCCAUCCUUCCGCGUAACUCGAUCAUCAGUGAGGCAUGGAUGACCAUCUUAUUCUUGUUGAACCUACCGAAUCCACCGUUGACGCUACCGGAUGCUGCCCAGGACCAACGUGAGCGGUUUGUGUGGCAGCUACUGGACGAGUGCCGAUCCAAGGAUCCCACAUGCAAAAAGGACACAGUAUGGGACCACGCUGAAUGGCUGUGGCAGUGGAUCUUUGCUGUAGAAGCAGUACGGCAAGUUUUACCGCAAGAGCGCAUAUCACACGACGUGCCUCACCUCAAUCGUCCCGCGGUCAUUCAGCUGAACGGUAUUUACGAGCAAAUGAAGUCGAUGGAUGAUACUGUUUUGUUGAACCAAUGUCGUCAAAGCAAAGUGAACGCGUCCCUUGAAGCGUAUGUCAAAGUGCACCUUUUGCGAUACCAUGCUUUGCUGCAAAAGUGGCAUUGGGGUUGGGACAAGACGACGGUGCUCUAUCUUCACCGAUGGUUCCGUCGUUACAUUCAGCUGCACAAGAUUCCGGUGUCAGAAGACCAGUACUUUCCAUCUUACGUUCGCUGUUUCCGAGGGACGCCCUCCACUAUGACUGUAUUGGAAAGCGACGGUUGUUUUGACAUAUUUUUGAUGAUCCUGACCAUGGCGAUCCGACAAGACUGUGACGUGAUGACGGCCUGUAACGACGAUGCCAAUGUGGCGGAUCAAACUUGCAAAAGUUUGCGACGGUUCCUUUCGCAGUUGGCGCCAACCCAUGUGGUAGUGGUGAAUCGUACGCCUCAAAAGAAGGACGUCGAACCGAGCAGUGCGCAUGCGUAUGCUAUGCUGGCCGAUCAAUACAAGAUGAAUAUGGUCUUAUUGGACAUUGUACCGGAAAAGGUGUUGCGUCGAACCAUUGUGCAAUGUCGAUCGUUUUUGCGGUUUGAAGCUUCGGAUCAUAAAGCGAGACAACUAUUCUUUGAAGGGUUUUACAACCUGGGACAAGUGUGUGGUUACCAUCACGAUGCGGAAUGCCUACGUGCAAUUGCGCACACAAUGACUGAAAAGCUACGAAUUGUGUGUCGAGAGUACUCGGACGAAGAAGCCAAGUGGUCUGCCACUGUCCAAGGCCCUCACGCAUACAAACAAUAUCAGGAGCAGCACUUGUCGCGUCAGGAUACGAUUCAAACGGCCUUUGACUAUUUCAAAAAGCUUAUCCACAAAGCGCAUUUCAUGGAAGCCGAAGCCCAGGGCUGGCUUGAUAACGCCUUGACGUAUCUCCCUCCUGGCAUCCAAAUUGAUGUUUGA